GCGGUAACAAGCAGCAGGGCUUCUCCAACUCGCUUCGAUCGGUCGGCCGCCCCUUCUUUCUGCGCAACCGCCGCGAGUCGCUGCUGUAUUAGACUCUGUCUUGCACACAGCGCCGCGUCUUGCUAACGCUGCUAACACUCCAGCGUUGAGUAUCAUGAUCUAGCAGUCCGCGCCUCGCGCAGCGCCCGGAGAACGUCGAGGCCAUCGCGAAACCUGAUAAUCCGACGCCGACAUCAUCAUGGCUCCCGACGGAGACCCCGACUUUGACACUCUCAACGAUGAGGAUUGGAAAGUUCAAGAGGCCCGUGAUGAUGCCGCUAUCCAAGAAAUUCAGAAGGGCCUCGCGAGCGGCGUCGGCGAGUUCCUUAGCAAAAUCGAGCAGGGCGCCUCGUUCGAUCAGGCCGGCAAGGCCGACGAUGCCGUCGACUACGAGGAUAUCGAUCUCAGCGACGAUGAAUUACCCGACGAGGAACCUCCCGCGAGCGGUGCUAGCGGCGAGGGCCCCGGCUUGACCGACGAUAAUGACGACGACGACGACCUGUUUGGCGAGAACUUGCCCUCGUCGCCCGCGGGCGCCAACGGUGAUGUCGCGUCGUCCCCCCAUCCGAUGAGCGCCGACGAUGAAGACCGCAUGGACGUUGACGAGCGACCGCGCGAGUCUCUCGAAGACCUUAUCGCUCUCAACUUUGAUCACGGGCCGAAGCCGAGCGACGCAAACCAAGAUCCCAAUAUCCCGCCUCCGGCCGAGAGCCUUGCCGAAGCCGUGAAACAAGCGUUCCCGGGAUUCAAAGAAAAUGCCGUUCUGCCCUGGAACCAGAUCCUCCGCCCGAAGCAGGCUCACUGGAUCUCCAAGAAACCCGUCAAGCCACCGAAACCGCUGGUACCAACAAAGCUCAGCCUGGAUCUCGAAGCCGACCAAGAAAAGCUGUUCCGAAUCCCCGGUCCCGCUCAGUCAUCCGUUUACCAGAGGAUUCGGGAUGCCGAAGGCCGCGGCCUCAUCUCCCUCGAGGAACCCGAGCCGCUCGAACAAGCGGACCUCGAGGUCUUCAACUUGGAAGACGAUUCCGAUUCGGAGGUCGUCGGAGGCUACACCCUCCGUGACAUCGCCCUGGUGUGUGACGACUGGGAUUCGAUGAUCCGCCUAGGCGACACCCUCCCAAAUCGGGCCCCGUCCCCGGCCGAAUCCGAGCACGUCCCCGACAAUAUGCUCAUUAAGACUGAGCUUGACGGCGAUGAUGAAGAUUGGGACAGGAUGUUCCUCGACGCCCCGCCUAAGAAGCGGCGCAGGGAGACUCCAAAGGGCCUUCCUCCCAUUCCGCGGUUCACCGCGCCCAACUUUGACAACUUCGAGGAGGCCACCUCUAAGCUGGGCAAGCGUGUCAUUCUCGACAUGAACGAUCCCUAUCUCCUUAUUGAUGAUGUCGAAUCGGAGCGCGUCGCCAAGAGACGCAAGGUACAGCACAAGAUGGUGCGGAUGGCCAACGGGCGCCUCGGCCGCGACCUGUCGCAACGGUUCAACUUCUCAUCGGACACCGCUUACGACGCGUUGAAGGAGAACAGCCAGAGCAAGGUCCGCGCUACGCUGGCCUCCAUUCCGGUCGAGCACAGCAUGACAGCAAAGAGGCUAUCGUGGCCCUACUAUAAGGUGAAGCUGUCCGCCAGCGAUCCUCACAGCUACCAUCGGCCCCAGUUCCAGCCGAAGAAGGACGCGUUCACUUUUGUCAAGUUCAAGCCUCCGACCGUGAAGAAGAAGAAGCAGCUCAAGGGCAAGCGCAUACCGGAAAUCUUCCAGACUUCUUCGGAUCUCACCAUGAACGACAACUCGACCGCGAUUCUCUUUGAGUACUGCGAGGAGAUCCCCAUCGUCCUGUCCAACUUUGGCAUGGGUCAGAAGAUAAUCAACUACUACCGCCGCUCCAAAGGCACCGAUGCCAGGCCGGAAAAGCGGGAGCUUGGAGAGCCCUACAUCUUGAUGCCGGAAGACCGCUCGCCCUUUGCCAUGGUCGGCCAGGUCCACCCCGGCGAGACGGUUCCCACGCUGCACAACCAGAUGUUCCGUGCUCCCAUCUUCAAGCACACGCCGAGGAGCACCGAUUUCAUCCUGGGCCGGAGCACCACGGGCAGAAACGGGUCGACGUGGUACCUACGCAACAUUGAUCACCUCUUCGUCGUGGGACAGAUCUUGCCGUCGAUGGAAGUGCCCGGGCCCCAUUCUCGGCGUGUCACGAACAUUGCCAAGAACCGGCUGAAGAUGGUGUCUUACCGGCUUUUACAUCGCAGUGAUAACGUGACCUUGACCGACAUCACUCGCCAUGUGGCCGACUCCAACGAGUCGCAAAACCGUCAGAAGCUCAAGGAGUUCCUGGUCUUCCGCAAGGAACAGAGGAACUGGGUGCUUCCCGAAGGCGAGGAACUCAUGCCCGAGUCCGAGAUACGAGAGCUCGUCCGUCCGGAAGAGGUCUGCCUUCUCGACGCCAUGCAGGUGGGAGCGCACGAGCUUGAGAACGGCGGGUACGAGAUCAACGACGCAAUGUUCAAGGACGAUGACGUGAUGGAGGGCGACGAGCUGCCGCCGGAUGCUCUUGCUAACAAAAUGGCUCCGUGGCGGCUCACCAAGGCCUUCAUCGACGCCAGCCACGGCAAGGCUAUGAUUGCCGUUCACGGCCCGGGGGACCCGACAGGCAAAGGCCUCGGCGUCAGCUACCUACGAACCUCGAUGAAAGGCGGCUUCCUGGAGCAGCUUCAUGGUCCACUUGCGACGUCUGCCGAUGCCAUAGAGCGACAACGAAAGGCCAACGGCGGCCACAUGUACAAUGUCAAGAACCAAGACAACCUCUACACCGAGUCCCUGAGGGACAUUUGGAAUCGGCAGAAGCAGAGCCUAGAAGAUACUCAGGAGCACGACGACGACGACGUCCUUGCCCAAGAGGACGAGGACGAGCGGUUCAACGUGCACAGCCAGCCGGCCCAGUCCGCGGCCGCCGCCGACGGCCAGAGUGUGGUGAGCCAGAGCCAGGCUAGCGCCCUGAACUGGCGCAAGCUGAAGAUCAUCCGCGAGGUCAAAGGCGAGAACGGCGAGGUUCAGAUGGUCACCGAGAUCGUGCACGACCCGGUCGUCAUCGCGCAAUAUAAUAAGCGGCGGCGGCAAAUGGAAUUCGAGAACAUUGACAUCUACAACGUCCAGCUUACCGGCGAUCCGGAGAAGGAUGAGCUCAUUCUCGAGAAGGCCCGCAUCGAACAGGAGCGCCUGGAAAAGAACAAAGAGCGGCGUAAGAAGCGCGAGAAACAAAAGAAGCUCCAGCAAAAGAUGCGCGAAGGUGGUAUUCCUGGCGACGACGACUCGCCCGAGCCGUCUACGGAAAAGGUGACUGGCACAACCAGGAAGUGUGCCAACUGCGGCCAGGUCGGCCACAUCAAGACCAACAAGAAGUAUGUAUGCCCCUGCUCUGGGAAGGAAGCACCUCGACCCCGUAACAAAGCCCUGUCCGAUGGCGGCAAGUACCCAAAGUUUCGCAAGCGCGACGGUUGGCGGCCUACCCAGAACCCACGCAUGGGUGACAAGUUUUGGGAUCCCCGUUGCUGGGACAAGCGCUCCUUCGAGGACAACAUGGAGCCACACCCGCCUUCCAAAGGCAAGGAGAAGCACGUAACGUGGGAAGAUGCCGAGGAUUGGGGUUCUGGCGACGAGUAGCCUUUGACCUCUGAGCCAGACCCAUUCUUUCUCGCGUAGACAGAACCGCGUUACCGGAGGAAACAACCAAGGCUUGUUAAUGAGGAGGCUCAGUGAGCCUCGGAGUCGGAGCCAACUAGUUACCUCUCGUGAGCUCAAGGAGCUCAAGAGGGAGGAC